AUGCUCCCCCGAUUAUUAAAUAUAAAGCCGUCUCCGCGGCUUUUCGCAUCAAUUGCUCCCAGCAGUCAAUCGGUAGCUGCGAACACUUCUACACCUAAACAAUCAUCAACAGCGAGCAAAAAACCUUCAAGAUUAAGAAAGCCGGCUCUAAGUCUUGACCAGUUCAUUCAAAGACAAAGAGUCCUCUCAUUUUGGCGCGAGAUUAUACGUGCUGUUUAUAAAAUACCACCAUCGCCAACACGGACAGAAUUAAGAGAUUAUGCUCGUAAUGAGUUUAAGCGGAAUAAAAGCGUUGAGGAUGUUGCACAUAUUAGAUAUCUCCUGUCUGCUGGGAAGACGGAGUUUGAUACGAUGAGGAGGUACAUUGAUGAACUUGCUUCUAUGAACCGGUAG